AUUACAUUAAGUAUGUCAUAUAAUAUAUGAUUGAAGUGACAGUAUCUUUCAAGAGAUAAUCACAAACCAGAGUUUCAUCGUACAACUAAAUGCUUCGCGAUAUAAAUCAAGCGAUGCAGUGUUUGUAGUUUUUUCUGCGACUGUGAACGCUCAGCAGUAGAUUCAGAUCAUAUAGGGCGUGGAGAAAUGAACAGGACUGACCCUACGAGUUCAGCUUUCAAUAAUAUGGGCGUCUUGCUAUUCGCACUGAUAAUAUUAUCUUUUCUAUCAGUGUCAUGUGCACAUGAGCGAGUAGAGCGGAAAGCCAAUGAAGAAGAUAUUCAGCUCGGCAACGAAUAGUAACCAAUUUAAAACUAGAAAUGGACGAGCUAUGUUGUGGACAGGAUUUCCAUAUAAACAGCGAGAUGAUAAAGAGUGGGGUAGCGAUCAAAACAUCCAAAUUAGCAAAGGCAAGAGUUUUGCUGCAUCUGACAGAAAAGCAUAUGGACACACACCUAUACUCAUCGCAUGGGAUGAGGAUUUUUUAAUUUCGGUCGCUUGUGUAGAUAAUGUGCGCAAGCCAAAUGCAGCAGGCAAGUUGCGAUGGUCUGGAGACACUGUCAUUCUCACUAUGAGUGGAUGCGGAGAAUAUCGCUCGUGGUCCAUGGGGAAUGGCAAAGACUACUGGAAUGCCUUACGCCUGUAUGCGCUGUAUAUGAAGGAUGAACACGGUUUAGCUUCCAGAAAAUCACCUUCCUGGGCGUUGAAACCCUACCUAAAUCUCAUCGUCGAAUCAAUGAGAGAGUACGUGGAGCACUUACCAUUACAAGGAGAGCUUCACAUACGCGGAUAUAAACAGAUUGGUGCCGACCUUAUUCCAGAAACUUGGCAUCAAGAAUGUACAGAAUGGCUCAGGUGGCUGGGGUCAGUACGGUGGGGCAUGGAUACCAGGACUGUCAACCGCAAAAGGCUUGUCUCUGUCAAUAAAUUCAAGCAGUUCAAUAAAACAUUGAAAAGCGAGGUCCUGCGUACUAUUGUUUGGGGUGCACUGAUGGCCAACUGGGAAGAUUCGCCAAUAUCCAGCACAGUGGGCUACUAUAGUCCAGCAGGCUACAGUCCUAUCUCCUCGCAAAUAUCUGAUGAUUACCUACUCAAAGGCAAUAGCAAACUACAGCAACACGUGCGCGACACAGUUAAAAUGCUCAAGGGCUGGGGUGUGCCUGGGUUGAAGGCCGACGAUGUGAGUGAACUGACAUAUCGGGUGAAGGAUACGGAGCAGCGAGAAUGGACCAAGAUUAACCAUUCAAUAACAAAAGAGAACAGUGAUUUCGCUUACCUCAGAUGUGCGUGUGGGUUGAUGCAAGGGUUUAUGAAUAACAUAGUGGGGAUGAACUCUAUUGUGACCAGCGACCCCACCGGUCAGCAACUGCGACAUCGAAUCAAGGCUAUCAAUGCGCUGAAUCUGGGAGGUGCCGCUAUACUCGGAGACUAUAUCGAAGUGAAUACAGAUGCAGAAGCGGAUGGGCAAAGGAGCAGAGUCCAGGGGAGAGACCUCUACGAUGCUUUACCAAAUGGUUAUCUGCAAAGUGUGAUCGGAUUAGGAGCUGUGUUGCAAACGAAGUGCUCGAGCACACAAGCACCCAAAAGUUACGAAGAGUGGUUUAAAAAGUAUCAUCAGUGGCAAUUGAGUGAUGCAACAAAAACCGCAUGGAAGAAUCAUCAGUACUUGAGGUGGAAAUCCGAUGAGAAGUAUGAAGUCAGCAGGGGUGAUUUGCGGGUGGUCACCAAAUUCAAGGAUAGCAGGUAUAUAAGUACUACUGAGAUGUAG